ACUCUACUCUACAGACUAGUGCUGCCAGUCAUCACUAAAAAAGCAGAAAAGCACAAGCAAAGACUGACCACUGUUGCACUUUCUCUCUCCAAUUUGUUCCUUUUUCCACUCCUCAACUCGCGCCAUCAUUCAAGCCCACAUUUCACUCAACUUAAACCCCCUUCAAGUGAUUGCUUGAAGAUUUUGGAAGGCAUAAUUCCCCAUUGUUGAUUGGGAGGGAAAGGAAUAGAAAAUUUGUUAGUAGCCCAGGGAAAUGGAGAAAAAGCAGCUGGAUUUCAAUGCACCACUUUUAUCAGUGAGGAAAAUUUCAUCAUCUUUAUCCCCUCAUGAGAGAGCAAAUAAAAAGAUUAUAGAAAGGGCGCCACCGAAUCGACAACAAUCACUUCCUGUCAAAAAAUCAGACUGGGAAUUGAGUGAGGUGACUAAACCAGUAGCUGUUCCAUUUAUGUGGGAACAGAUCCCUGGUAGACGAAAAGGUGACAAUGAAGCCCGAGCUAACCUUCGAGUGAAGCGUUCAAGUAGUCCUAGGCUGCCCCCGGGAAGAUUGCCAGAGACUAUUCGGUUCUAUUCAGGUGAAAGGCCUCGUACUCAAAACAUUUACAAGUCUCCAGCUGAAGGACUUCCUUGGAUUGAUCAUGCUGCUUUACUGGAUAGCCUAGCGGAAAGUAUAUAUACAAGAGGAGAUAGAGAAAGUGAGGAUGAUGCCUAUUCUGAUGCUCCUGAAACAUUGUCACCUACCGAAUCCUUAUCCUUGGACUGCAGUGUCAGUGGUCUGAGCGGAUAUCAAAGUUCAGAUUCAAAACCAUCUGGAACCUUUUCCAUUGACUCCCAAACUAGAGACUUUAUGAUGAGUAGAUUCUUACCUGCAGCAAAAGCUGUUGUUUUGGAGACGCCUCAAUAUGUUCAGAAAAAGCAAGUUCCAGUCAGUACUGAACAACCGAAGCCAGUACCCGUGGAACGAAAGCCAAUAGUUAAGCGGAUGGAGUCUAAACCUGUCUCAUAUUAUAGCGGCUAUCUAGACGAUGUAGGAAGUGAAAUUGAAGAUGAUGUGUCUGAGAAUCAGCACAAAAGGCCAAGUAAAGGGUGGAAAUUUUUCCCUCGGAUUUGUGUGAAGAAUUCUUUAUGCCUAUUAAAUCCACUGCCAGGACUAAAAGUGAAGACACAUGUUCCCACAGCCUCAGCUCAAGCAGUAAAGAGAGUUUCAGGAAUGAAACCAAAGACGCCACAGAGCCCCACAUCUUAUGCUCAUGAAGUCAAGAGAUUAGCUAGAAAAGCUUAUAGUGGACCUCUUGAGAAGAAUGGUUGUGAUACUAUAAAUAAGCAAAGAUUUCACUCUGGAGUACUGUCUCGCGAGCUGUACAAAGCUGAUAAUGGAAGUUUUUCCGGCCAACUGCCUAACCCUAGUGAUUCAUGUAAGCUAGUUGGAAUCUCUCCUGGAAGACGUUCAAGAAGUGGGGCUAUAUCUCCCUAUCGAAAUGUAGCACCUCCGUCUCCAUUCAAUGAAGGUACAAGGUUUCUUGGUGUGCCAAAGGAAAUGGAGAGUCUUUGGGCUAGUCGCUUUGAUUCAUUCCGGAAAGGUUGCUACACUGUCAAGGACAAAGUACCACAGCAGAUUGGCACAGGAAGAUUUUCUGAUUCACCAAGUGAAGUAGUUGAGAAAACAUUGUACAUAGAUUCUGUAGAUAAUGUGCAAAUUUCAGCCCGUAAUUCUGCUUCCUCAAAACCCAAGGGAUUAGUGAACUCCUCUGGUAGGAAUAUGAAGACUCUGGUUAAAAGCAGUAAAGUACUAGAAAAUAUGGAUGCCACCGCUCGUACUCAAGGUGCCAAAGACCGGAAUGUUUCAGAGAAAGAGAGCAAACAGGUUUUUGAGAAGGAGUCCCUUGAUUUGGUGGAAGCUGCUCCCAUUUCCAUAUCAACACACAAAGGCCCUGCUGAUCAGGAGUCUUUGAAACUAAAGCAAAAUCUUGAUACACUAUCUGGAGCCUUAGAGUCUUCAAAAGUGCAUCCCUAUGGAAAUUUAGGUACAGAAAAUGAAGAUAACCAAAAUGCAAAUGACCCAAAAGAUUCUAACCUUACCUCCUUGGAAUCUCCUAUACCACCACCCUUACCUAAAUCUCCCUCUGAAUCUUGGCUUUGGCGCACGCUGCCUUCCAUUCCUUUGAGAACUCCGUUCUCAAGUUUGAGCUCCAAGAAGCAGAAUAAGAAGUCCCAUGCUGAUGGUAGUAAGUGGGAGACUAUUGUGAAAACUUCUAACUUGCAUAAGGAUCAUGUCCGUUACUCCGAGGAACUAUAUACUCUUGGUUCUUGUCAGCAGAGCAAAGCUUGAAGAUGGAUCAUCUAUCGGUAUGAAACAUCUUGUUUCUAUCACUAUAGCUUCAAUGCUAUCUUCAAACUUUGUUUCAUUCCUUCUGGAGUUUCUUUGUCAGUGUUUUAGUCUAGGUAUACAGAGGAAAAAGUUUUUUUUAUAUCACCUCAAAAAAAUACUUGGUUUUGAUGGUGGGGAUUGUUGUAACUUUUGAAUGACUAUAGUAGUGGCAUGAGAAUAGCUGAGUUUUCUUAUUAUGGUUUGUAUUCCUGAAAACCAGCCCUUGCCUUGAGAUAUGAAUGAAUGACACAUUUGAUUCUUUAUGAUA